CCGAGAUGUCAGAUGACCAGCGGUGGUAUUUGUCAACGGAGCUCGCCAGAGAUGUCCCGAAAUAUCGAACAAUUUAGUGACCUAUCUCAUUUAUACGACACUAUGUGAGUCAUACGUUGACAUAUUUUUACGACGUAUAUUCACCUUCAGUUGGACAAGGGAAUUCGAGGCUUCUGUAAAGGAGGAAAAAAAACAUGCUAGCCACAGUGACUGCUGUGGUCAGGUUUGCUCAAUACAAUGGCAGCGUCACGUCACCGGAGAACACUUCCGCAUUCCCUACCUGGCUUCCUGAUUCGGAAGCCAACAUCAGCAAACCUCAUAAAUGUCUCCAAGUUCUAUAUGAGGAUGUGGGUGACUCCAGGGUGCGUUUCUGGGACCUCCUCCUCCUUGUGCCUAAUGUCGCCUUCUUUGUUUUCUUGAUGUGGAAGCUGCCUUCAGCCAGAGCCAAGAUUCGACUCACCUCCAGUCCUAUCUUCACCACCUUUUACCUACUGGUAUUUGUCGUAGCAGCAGUGGGAAUCACCCGGGCCAUUGUAUCAAUGACUGUCAGUUCGUCCAGCUCUGCCACCAUUAUUGACAAAGUCUUAUGGGAAAUCUCCCGCUUCUUCUUAUUGGCAAUUGAACUCAGUGUUGUCAUUCUUGGACUGGCUUUUGGUCACCUGGAGAGUAAAUCCAGUAUAAAGCGUGUUCUGGCUAUCACUGCCGUGCUUGCACUGGCGUACUCCAUCACACAGGGCACUUUGGAGAUCCUGUACCCAGACAGUCACCUGUCCGCUGAGGACUUCAACAUCUACGGCCAUGGAGGACGACACUUCUGGUUGGCCAGCUCCUGCUUCUUCUUCUUGGUGUACUCUCUGAUUGUGAUCUUGCCAAAAACACCACUGAGGGAGAGGAUAUCUCUGCCGUCUAAGAGGAGUUUCUAUAUGUAUGCGGCCAUCCUGGCUCUACUGAACUUCAUCCAAGGCCUGGGAAGUGCUCUUCUCUGUGCAGACAUUAUCGAGGGUCUCUGCUGUGUGGAUGUCACCACCUUCCUGUACUUCUCCGCUUUUGCGCCACUCAUAUACGUCACAUUCCUCAAAGGAUUCUUUGGCUCUGAACCCAAGAUCCUGUUUUCCUACAAGUCCCAGGUGGACGAGCCAGAUGACACCGAUGUCAACCUUCCACCGACCGUUGCUGCAACUCUUGGUCGUAAGGAGAACCCUGACCAGGGCCUGUACUAUUCCUCCACCCAGUUUGAUGGGUCUGGUCCCAGCAGUACAGGAAUGGGGGGAGCAUACCUGGAUGAUGUUGCCUCCGGACCCUAUGGGUCCAGCAGCAUCAACAGCAUUGAAGCCGAUCGGUGGAGACCUGUUAACGUCUAAUUUCCUUUUUGGGGAAGCGACAUGUGGGCUUCAAUGUUUGUAAAAAUGGUAUUGGACCAAAAUAGUUUGACUUAUAGAAACAGGUCAAAUUGGUCCUUUUCGGAGACCAGGUGGACAAGUAUGGAGGAACCUUUUCCUCUCCAUCCAUGUGGACGACCGUGAAGCUAUCAAGUGCUUUUAUGAAACCGUGUGUACUGCUGCUGUAUGCCACAUGCAAGCCGCUGGAACACAUCUUCUCUCCUUCUGCUUGUCAACAGCAAUCACUUUGUCCUCAGUGAGGAAGAUUGUUUUCAUUUCAAGAGCCCAAGUCUUCAGGCGUUAGCAUGAUUUCAGAGAUAACUUAUCAUGUGUACAUUCCCAGCCAACUCUUGGAGUGACGUCGGCUAACGUGUAUUGCCCUUUGUUGUCACGUCCCAAUAUACAAGACAAGGUUUAGUGCUGUUGACUGGUACAUCUUAUCUUCUCAACUAAUCGCUGAUGUGUUGGUGUUCUGUGUUGAAGUGUAAAAUGAAAGUGAGUGGAACAGAUCGGUUCUACUGUAUAUUCACACCACUCAGUAGCGACACUCGGAUUCUCAACCAUGGUCUUAUUCUCCCGUAUAUUCACACCACUCAGUAGCGACACUCGGAUUCUCAACCAUGGUCUUAACCCGUUUUUCUAUUUAUUUUGAAACUUGACAUUCCUACUUGUACAUCAUGUACAGAUGUAAUGAAGUAUUAUUGGUCAAUCAGUUUUAUUCUUACUGAUGCCAAACUCCUUCCUUCAUCCAAGCUGGAAAUGCAUCGGCUAUUUUGCUGAAGAUUGGUAAUUGUGAGUCAAUAGCAAAAAAUUGCUGUGUGUUUGCGUGGACAUUUGUAGUGUAACAAAGUCGCUGCAUUAAACCAUGACCCGUAUGUAGAAGGCAUACCACAGGGUUAUGUUUGCAUUUAUUGUGGAGCAACAACACAGCAUUCUUAGUUAGAUUGAUAGUGUUUUAUAUUCAGCUGAAUGGUGCUGUAUGACUAAAAUAUGAGCUUUUUAGAUUUGCACAUUAUUACUAUUAUAAUUUUUGGAUCUGUUUUUGAUUACAAGAACAUUAAUUCCCUGGCAAAGGCUUCCUUGAUACAGAAUAAAAAUGUCAUGGUCUGCUAUUAUUUUUUGAAUGUCUUGUUUUCGUAGUAAUGCU